GAGAGGAGACGGAUCACUACUUGACUUCCUUCAUGUUAUUUUUGGAUAUGACUAGCAUUCCUCCCCUUACACACACCCUCUUUUCCCCCAGCCCCCAUCUCUUACACGCGUUACAAGCUCAUGCAAACACUCUCACGUACUCUGCAGCAGCAGCAAGAGCAACAGUUGGACUGGAGCCAGAGGACUUAAACUCCGCUUCCUCAUUGCCAGCAGGCUUUGUUCUUUGGACUCAGUCAGAACUAGGGAGAACGUCUUCAUUGCCGGUCGUGGUGCUUGGAAUUUGGCAGCUCAGCUGUCUAUUAAUUUUUUCUGUGCUCCUCUGCGGACUAGAAUGAAUUUAGAGCAGCAAAGCUAACAGCCGGGGCUAGUCAAGAAGUCAAGGACCAAGAGACCAUCAGCUCUCAGCCUCUCUGCGGGGGUGGGGUCCCUCUGUGCCACAACGAUGGUUCUGUGAAGGAAAAGAACUCCAGAAUUCCCCUGACAUUCAGAUCCAUUCUGAAAGUGGAGGACUUCAUUCACUAAUUAUAGUAGAAGCCUUUGAAGACGACACUGGGCGCUAUACUUGUCUGGCCUCAAAUUCUUUUGGUUCAGAUAGCACAUCAGCUGAAAUUUUCAUUGAAGGUGCCAGUUCUACAGAUUCAGAGACUGAAAGUUUAAUUUUCCAGUUAAAAUCUGGAGCUAUGCCACAGGCCCAAAAGAAAACCACUUCUGUUUCUUUGACAAUAGGAUCUUCUACACCAAAAUCAGGAGUGACCACAGCUGUAAUUCAACCUAUCUCCAUGCCCAGUCAGCAGGCUCAAAGCCCUACUUCAUACCUGCACCAUCUGGAUGGACCCAAGCCUAUCUAUUCUGCACCUAUUUUUACAAAGGAGCUACAAAAUGCCACAGCAUCUGAAGGACAAGUCGUAGUAUUGGAAUGCAGGGUCAGAGGACCCCCUCCCAUUCAUGUUAAGUGGUUUCGACAGGGCAUUGAAAUUCAAGAUUCUCCAGACUUCAGAAUUCUCCAAAAAAAGCCACGAUCUGCAACUGAACCUGAAGAGAUAUGUACACUUGUAAUAGCAGAAACUUUUCCUGAAGAUUCAGGAAUUUUCACCUGCACAGCAACAAAUGAACAUGGUUCAGUAACAAGCAGUGCACAACUAACUGUCUGCUCAGCCAACUUGGAAUGCUCUAGUGAUGACUUCCAUCAUUUCUCACCAGUUGAAAUUCCUCCAGUUGAAAUUAGCUCUCUUGAGCUUCCUCCUAAGAAACUUACAGAUACCCACCAAGCAAACAACACUGAGUUGAGACCUGGUGUGAUAGACCUUCAACAACAGCUCAAUUCGUCUGAGGAAAAAUCAAAUGGCAUUCAUCCUCUUCAUGGAGUAAAUGGAAUGAUUAACAGCAAGCCAAAUGGUGAUAAAUCCAUUCCACCUCCAGCUGUCUUGCUUUCACCCACAAAGGAGCCACCACCUGUGCUUGCCAAACCAAAGCUGGACCCCCAAAAAAUACAGCAGCUGCAGAACCAAAUUCGUCUGGAGCAAGAAAGUGGACAGUGGUAUCGUCACCCACAGCAACCUGAUCAUCAGCACCCUCCCUCUUCUCCUUCCUUUCCUCCUCCCCCCUCCUUCCAGGAGCUUGAGUCCAGCCAGUCUGCCACCUCUCCUGUGCCAAUGAGUAUUCUUAACUCUCAUACUUCCCCAACCAUGCAGUCUUCCAGCUCCUUCAACUAUGCUCGGCCUAAGCAGUUCAUUGCUGCCCAGAACAUCAGCCCUGCUUCAGGUUAUGUGACUCCAUCUUCUGGGUCAUCCACAUCUAGCCUUCCUUCUCCUAUGUCUCCAACUGCUUCUCAGAAACAGUUUGGGAGAGUGCCAGUUCCUCCCUUCUCUCAGCAGUUUGCUCCAGAAGGGGAAUAUGCCUGGUCUCCUUCUUCUCCAUCCCCUCCACCCCCACCUCCACCUGUCUUUAGUCCAACAGCGACAUAUCCUGUGUGUGAUUCCUUUCCACUUCCACCUCCUCCACCCCCUCCUCUUCCUUCACUUUCUUCACCUUCCCACAGCCUGUCUCCAACUCCAAGAUUUCCUAAUUCCAGCCAGUCUCCAGCAGCUUUUCUCAGCUCCAUGCUGCCAUCCCAGCCACCACCCAUUUCUGUCAACGCAUUAGGCCUCCCGAAAGGAGUGACGCCUCCGGGAUUUCCCAAGAAAACAGGCAGAACUGCUAGGAUAGCAUCAGAUGAAGAGAUUCAAGGGUCAAAAGAUGCUGUAAUUCAGGACCUGGAGAGAAAACUUCGCUUCAAAGAAGACCUUUUGAACAACGGGCAACCGAGAUUAACAUAUGAGGAAAAAAUGGCUCGUCGAUUGCUGGGAGCAGACAGCGCUGCAACUGUCUUCAACAUACAGGAACCAGAAGAAGACCCUGCAAUACAGGAAGCUCGCUCUGUUGGUGCUUCUGUAGUGAGUCCCAUGGAUAUUCAAAAGGAAUAUAAAGUCUCCAGCUUUGAGCAAAGGCUGAUCAGUGAAAUUGAAUACAGGCUGGAGAGAUCUCCUGUGGAAGAAUCAGAUGAUGAAGUGCAACAUGGAGAUGAACCUAUUGAUAACAGUAUGUCACCAUAUUUUGAGAUAAAGCUGAAGCACUACAAAAUCUUUGAGGGAAUGCCAGUCACAUUUACAUGCAAAGUGGCAGGAAAUCCAAAGCCAAAGAUUUAUUGGUUUAAAGAUGGGAAACAAAUUUCUAAACGGAGUGAUCACUACCGAAUUCAAAGAGAACCUGAUGGAACUUGCUCACUGCAUACUGCAGCCUCCACCCUGGAUGAUGAUGGGAAUUACACUAUUAUGGCUGCUAACCCACAGGGCAGAGUAAGUUGCACGGGCAGGCUGAUGGUCCAAGCUGUAAAUCAAAGAGGCCGCAGUCCUUGGUCACCUUCAGGUCAGCCUCACAUAAGAAGACCACGAUCUCGAUCAAGGGACAGUGGUGAUGAAAAUGAACCAAUUCAGGAACGAUUCUUCCGGCCUCAUUUUCUGCAGGCUCCUGGAGACCUGACUGUUCAAGAAGGAAAACUAUGCAGGAUGGACUGCAAGGUUAGUGGAUUACCAACUCCAGAGUUAAGCUGGCAGCUCAAUGGCAGACCAAUUCGCCCCGACAGCUCUCACAAAAUGCUGGUGCGCGAGAACGGGGUGCACUCCUUGAUCAUAGAGCCAGUCACAGCCAGAGAUGCUGGAAUCUACACCUGCAUUGCCAGCAAUCGAGCUGGUGAGAAUUCAUUCAGCCUGGAGCUCACUGUUGCAGCUAAGGAAGUACAAAAAGCACCUGUAUUUAUAGAGAAGCUUCAAAACACAGGUGUGACUGAGGGAUUCCCAGUGCGACUGGAGUGUCGAAUCUCAGGGGAGCCAUCUCCUCAGAUAUUUUGGAAGAAAGAGAACGAGUCACUCACAUACAACACUGACCGAGUGAGCAUGCACCAGGAUAACUACGGCUACAUUUGCCUGCUUAUUCAGGGAGCUACAAAGGAGGAUGCUGGCUGGUACACUGUUUCAGCUAAGAAUGAGGCUGGGAUUGUGUCUUGCACUGCCAGGUUGGAUGUUUAUACUCAGUGGCAACAACCCCCUCAGCAGACCAAGCCAAAGAAGGUGCGGCCCUCAGCCAGCCGGUACGCUGCUCUCUGUGACCAAGGACUAGACAUCAAAGCAGCUUUCCAGCCAGAAGCAAACCCGGUGCACCUGACAAUGCAGCCUGGCCUGGUAGAGAGUGAUGAUCUGUAGAUUCAACUGCCCCUUCCAUCAUUUUCUUUCAAAGCAGAAACACUGAAAGCCAUUGCCUUGACCAAUGAUACUCCUAUGUCACUUUAUGCAAGGGCAGACACCGUCAUGUACAAAAGAUAAACAACAAACACAGUAAUCAUAUAUUCCUUAUUCAUUAUACAAAAUUAGAAGAAUAGAUAGAUUAUUAAUAGAAAUGUACACAUUGCACAACAAAUCACAUUCACCAGUUCCUUAACCUAUGUUGCUUCAUAACCCUUUUCAUAGAGGCCAAAAUGCAUCAGAGAGAAAGAUUUUUCACUACAUACCUUCGUAAGCAGUAAGUAGAUGCUACACAGUCUUAAUGGUGCAAGAUGUUUUCUUCAAGGGUUAUCAACAGUUUUAAAAUGGCUACACACAUUCUGACAGCUACGAUGAACAAGUGCAAUAUUAUAAGAAUGAAACAGGAAGGGACAAGGAAAAGAAAUGUAAGCAAAUGCUGUAUCUCUGCAAACUGCUUUCUAUUCAACCAUGAAAAAAGAAUCUUUCUUUCAAUGCUGUUAGUAUGGACAUCAGGACCCUAACUUUCAAUUCAUUUGUGUUUUUCCUUUUUGCCAUCUCAGAGGAGGCUUAUUUACAAACAUACAGCAAUGACAGUCUAAGCAGAAGUAAUUUUACUUCAGCAGGCCAACAAAGAAGAGUUGACACAUAGUAACAAUCUACUCCAGAUUACACAUUGGUAACUAGAUGGGAAAAAAAUGCUGAUAGUAUUUUUAACUGCAGUGAGUUACUGCAAGGGGUGGGAGGGACUGGGCAAGAGGUUGAAACUGUCUGGAUUUCUGGACAGCAGUGUGUAACCUUGUAAUACUCCCAUUCAAAAUUCUGAAAUUCUAAGGUGAGCUGAAAACUAGGGAGUGUAUGUAUGGAAUGUUUGACUGUUUAAAACUUGUGUAAUAUGUAUGAGGAUUUUAGAAAUGUAUAGCAAGUGAAAAAUGGAUUGAAACAGAAACUACACUACAGAUUUAAGUGACAAGUAUACACCACAGGUGAUAGUUUGCAAAUCUGAGGAAGUAGAAAAUGAAGAUAGGCAAAAAAUUCCAAUUUGCUUUUUGUUUUUUCUUCUUAAUAUAACAUGUCUCUGGUAGAUUUUAUUUUUUCCUUCUCCUGACUGCAGGCAAACAUCAACUCUGUUGAGGGGUAGAGUCUGUGAACCAUAGGUGAAAAGCCUGAAGGCUACUUACAGAAUGCAAGGCAAAUCCAUCUGGAAGUGGAGCCCCACUUAAGUCACACCUGACUGGGUAGUUUUAAAUUAGAACCAAAUGAAUUUCAGUUGAAUGGGAGGGCGGGAGAAUGGAUGGAAAAAUUACUAGGCCUGACAAGGAAAAUGAGUGUUUGAUGGUACGAGCUACGAUCCUUUUCUAGGAAAGGAAAACACUGUAUUCCUUAUAUGAAGCACAUAUAUGGUAUCUUUCAUUAUUUAUAAUAAAAGUGUUGAAAUCUUUUAUCUCAGUUCAUUUAUUCAGAAGUCCUGUACUUAGGGGUUUGUUUGUUGGUUUUUUUUUUAAUUUUGUAAUUGUGUACACCAUAUAUUGCAUUACUGCUAUACGUGUAUUGCUUUGUAAGUACACAAAGUUUGUUUUGUUUUUUAGUGACUAAUAAAAUUUAGCACACAAGGUAGUACUUUUCUGGUACAGGAUAUGACUAGUAAUGGGGAUUGGUUAAUCCAGAUUAACGUCAGUCUGUCAGGUGGGAAUAAUCUGAUUUUAUUCUAGAAGUAUGUCAUAUCUUUUGCCAAAUUUUCCUCAACUGUGACAUGCUAAUUUACUUUUUUGUUUAGCUUCACUAGCAUUAUUUUGCCACUUUUUAUUUGUAUUUAUAAAAAUGUAUUAUCAUUACUUUGGACUGUUGUGCUGAUAUAAUGUGGGUUUAGCAUCAAUAAAUAUUACACAAAUAGAAAGUU